AUGGCCGAAGGGAUUGACAACUUGCAAUCCACGUACUCGCGUUCGGGGAGGUCGUUUUCCGACGGCCCUUCUUCGAACACAGCGGGUGGGUCUCGUCGUACUGCUCGACGAGACCAAGGACAUCAACAAUCAGCUCGGCACGAGGCUUCCAGCCGUCCUACGCCGGUGGAUAGCCACGCCAGCGGACGAGGUAACUCGUCCGGACGCCAUUCACAUCGCGGUGGUUUAAAAUACGCUCCACUAGGAAGCGUUGAACACCGCUUGAGCCCACCAAAGGACGUGGUGGUGGCGGGAACACGAGAUAUGGCUCGAGGGUCGUAUCAGCUUGAUGUUCAAGAGCUGAACCGUGUAACGGAACCGUUGCAAGAUUACCUGAAUCACGAACGGACUCGGCGUUAUGUGCUUGAGGAUCUUGUGAGGAAUAAUUAUUAUUCCCUAACGCACGAUCGUUCGGACGACCGUGCCGCUUUCGCGUUCGCGCAACUUGAGAACGAACGUUCGACUCGUUCUUUUUCGUGA